GCGCGUCCCGCCCGUGUGUUUGGCGUAACCAGAUCUUCAACCAGAUAUUGGGAGCAUCAUUAAAGUGCAACUUGCUCAUCCUGCUGUUCACUUCACAGUUAGGAGUGAGAAUUCCUUCUAUCUAAUUUAAAAUUUAUUUGCGAGCCUUUCUUUGAGGAUAAUUGGAGAUCUCUUAGUUGGUGUGAAUCCAAGAUUUAUUAGUUGUUAUUUUUGACCCUUCAUUUUGUUUUUAUUGCCUUAAAUCAAGAUGCGUGAGGUUGCUACGAUAAUUUUUAUAAAUUUAUAUAUAUUAUUCUAUGUUGGAUGUAUUUUAGUUGCUUGAAAAAAAAAACACUAACACUGCUCGCUUUAUGGUCAAUUUUUAGGUUGUAAAUUAUUUCAUCUUCAUACGUAUUUAUUUUUAUUUUUUUUUCGAAAUGAUUAAAACCUUCCUUAAAUAUUUGAAUCUGUUUAACAGAUUGCGGGAAAAAAGUUAUUUGGAACAAAUUGGUUUUGAGAAGAAUUAAGAUUUUAAUCUUACGAAAAGAAGGCUAACUGUGCUUUUGAGAUAUUCAUGCUAAAUGGCCAAUUUACAGACUGAAACAUUAGCCUGCUAUGGUGGGCCAAAUAGGCAACAACAAUCACAACCACUACGGUAUCAAAACGAACCAUUGGAUGCUAGUAAUUCCGGAAUUUCCGCGGCAAACAUCGCUGCAGUCUCCCGCAGCCAGCACGGCGCAACCGUCGAAAGGCGCGCCGCCCAAAUCCAUCCUGGGGCUCUUCACGCCCGUUCUGCGGCUGGUCUUGCAUCUGCUCCAACAACCAGCGGUACAACUGCUACAACCAACUGUGGAAUCGACUAUACCACUGGUAACCACGGGAGUGGUGAUGGAACAAACACCCGAACAGACUAUUGUUCUUCCAAGUCACCAAAUGCAAAACUUACUGAAUUGUUGUCUGGUCAGAAUCUGACUUUUUCUCCAGAACAGGUGGCCUGCAUGUGUGAGGCUCUGCAACAGCGUGGUGAUAUUGACAGACUUGCGAGGUUUUUGUGGUCUUUGCCGCCUAGUGAUCUACUGCGAGGUAACGAAUCAGUUCUUAGGGGUCAAGCUCUGGUAGCUUUCCACAGAGGCAACUAUAAGGACCUUUACAACAUUCUGGAAAGUCAUAAUUUUGAUUGCCAAUAUCACAAUGACCUUCAGCAAAUGUGGUAUAAGGCCCAUUAUAGGGAAGCAGAAAAGAUUCGUGGUAGACCUCUCGGUGCAGUGGACAAAUAUCGCCUGAGGAGGAAGUUUCCUCUUCCAAAAACAAUUUGGGACGGUGAGGAGACCAUAUACUGUUUUAAAGAAAAAUCCAGGAUUGCUUUGAAGGAAUGCUACAAACAAAACAGAUAUCCAACUCCAGAUGAGAAGAGAGGCUUGGCGAAAAAAACUGGACUCACUUUGACGCAAGUUAGUAAUUGGUUCAAAAAUAGGCGACAAAGAGAUAGGACUCCCCAUCAUUAUAGAAGUGACAGCACAAUCAGUCAUCACCCUAGAACAUCAACGCCUCAUCUGUGCGUAGGAAAUAGCCACAUAGUCUCUCCUGGUCCUCAUUCUGCGGCCGCCAGAACAUCUCCCGCGAUGUCCCAAGCUGCCCUUUGUGGCCAUCAUUUUACCGACGAUAUCGGACGUGACUUCCAUUUUAACCCUUCUAAACCCAUGGACGAACUUGCUGUUAUGGCUAUGGUGAAAUCCGAACCUGGACUCUAUCCCUCCGCUCUAGUCUACCCCACGAAUACGUCAGCAUACGAUGCAGCUGCGACAUUGUCUCAUCUCCAUGUUGCUGCUAUGAACCAUGCGUGAAAACACCUGCACAAAAAUUGAAACCAAAAUACUCUGACAUGGACUGAUAUAAAAAUAAGCGAUCUUUUAUAUAUCAAAAAUAUAAAGACAUCAAUUUUUUAAACACGAGAAACAAUGCCCUUGUCUAUAUUUGCAAUAAAUUACAUGUAAUAAUUUAUUGUAAAACGUGUAAUUUAUUGCAAAACA